UGAUUUAAAGUUGAGAAGGUUGACAAAUUCAAGUGAAUUAACAGUGGGUCAAAACUGAACACUCCUCCUCCUCCUCCUCCAUUUUCAUUAUGAUAUGAUAGGUGGCGCCGCCCCUCCGACGCGUCAAUCUACAGUUGUAGAACACAAACUUAUUAAAUCGAUUCGUAUCAAUGUAUAGCAGAUAGAACAAAUCCUACAUUAUUCUGUAAUAUGGUAGAUUACUCCCCAAGCCCUAGCCCUAGCCCGAGACCGAGGGCCCUCCCGAAGCGCAUAAUUCUAGUCCGGCACGGCGAGAGCGCCGGCAAUAUAGACGGAGCAGCCUACUCCACCACGCCGGACAACAAAAUACCUCUAACUCCGCUAGGGAUUGACCAGGCCAAACGUGCUGGCUCCGGGAUCUGCGACGUUGUUUCACGCGGCGGCGCUUCGUCCAACUGGAAGGUAUACUUUUAUGUUUCCCCCUAUCUGAGGACUCGUUCCACACUCCGGGAAAUCGGCCGAUCAUUCCCUAGAAACAGAGUGAUUGGUGCUAGGGAAGAAUGUCGUGUCAGAGAGCAGGAUUUCGGCAAUUUUCAGGUCGCUGAACGGAUGAAAGCGAUCAAGGAGACCAGAGAGAGGUUCGGCAGAUUCUUUUACCGCUUUCCUGAAGGAGAGUCUGCUGCCGAUGUUUACGAUCGAGUUUCAAGCUUUCUAGAAUCUUUAUGGAGGGACAUAGAUAUGAACAGGCUUCAACAGGACUCGACGGACGAACUUAAUCUUGUAAUAGUGUCGCAUGGACUUGCAAUACGGGUUUUUCUAAUGAAGUGGUUUAAAUGGACAGUUGAGCAGUUCGAGUACUUGAAUAACCUUGGGAAUUGCGAGUUUAGAGUGAUGCAGUUAGGUAUUGGGGGAGAAUACAGUUUGGCAAUCCAUCACAGCGAUGAAGAGAUGCAAGAAUGGGGACUUUCAGCUGACAUGAUAGCAGACCAACGGUGGCGAGCUCAUGCUAAUAAGGGUGAUUUUAACGAAAAAAGUCCGUGGUAUCUCGAUACUUUCUUUGACCACUUUGCAGACUCUAAUUGUGAAGACGGCGAGGACUUGCAAAUCCUAUGAUGAUUUUUGUUUGUGGGCUGUCCUUUCCGGUUCUCGAUUGUUUGUAUGUUUGUUUGUUUGCUUACAUGGUGUCCUAGAAUAUUUGAGUGAUUGAAUUGGGGAAAGAAUGAGUGUCAUAUGCAGAAGAAGUGAGAAUUUAUUAA